UAGAAGUUAAUAGAUUGCAGGCUUCAUCUAUACUAAUGGACCGAUCCAUCGUUGAGUUCGACCGUGAUCGAUGCAAGGCUGACAAGUGGUCGGGCCUAGCUAAAAAUGGGUCCAGUCCAGGUGCAAUAUCAAGUCGAUACAUAUACAAUACCAGGCACCAGCUAGCUGACGGCCGGUUUGAUCAUGGAGUGUAUAUAUGCAUGACCAUGUCGCAGUUGACCAACCAACGCCGAUCACCACGGCACGGCGACUCUCUUUCUUCUAUCUCCUCUCUGGUUUGAAGAAAAUCCGAGCGGCAGUGACCCGACGCCGACCAGCCAGACUGCUCCUCGUAGGUUGCCGUUGGGGGCUGUUUCGUAAUUUACCAUGUCGCAGUUUUUCAUUUUCAUUCGGCAACGUGCCAACGACAGAGAGAGAAAUAUCACCGGAAAAAAAAAAAAAAAAAAACGACAGAGAGAGAAGUCCCUCGUCGGAAUCUUCUCAUGGAGCCGCCCAUCCCCCCCUGAGCUUCAACCUCGCCGGAUUCCGCCGUUCCGCUGAUCUUCUCGCUGAACCGAUCAAGAACACGACCUCUCCCGGGUCCUCUACGAGCUCUGUUCCAUGAUGGUGGACGUCCUCAAGUUCCCGAUCCCCACCGCCCUGCCCUUUCCCUAUCCCGCAGCCGCCUCCACCUCUCGGUCUCGGCAGCCUCCGCGGCGCACUCCUCCCCAGCGGCAUUCGGGUGCCUCUUUCUUGGGGUUCCUUCGCCCUGAUGCUCUUCGGAUCCGUGACCUUCGCCAUCGGCUUGAUCUUGGCGCCGUGGGUUGUCCUGUUUGUCCUGUUCUUCUACGUUGCCAGGGUCGUGUUCAAUCUGUCGGAGCUGGCUCGGACCAUUGCCUGCAAUGGUAUGGCGGAGGAGAAGGAAGUUUGCCCGUGGAUAUCACAAGGAAAAGAAGCCAGAAAACCGAAGAUUUUUUUGUUCUAUCUGAGGUUGAAGUUUGUAUGUAACUGAAGUUUUGUGCCAAUAAUGGAAGGUGAAGCAUCUUCUGCUGUGUGCACUGUAUACAAUCUGGCCUUCGUCAAUGGCAAGUGACUCUGCUAUUUAUAAUAGCAAAAGUUGAGGACGAAUUUUCUGGCUGAUGAAAGAAACAAGUCCUUUAAAUAAUCUCAUAAUCUUUUAGUUGCUUUUCGAGUUUUACAGAAGAAAAACUUUUGGACAGUGCUGAUGAACUCUCCAGCAUCCCGAGUUGUCUUGUUGAUUGGCGUGAGGAGGCUCUCAGGUCGAUCUAACUAGCUAGUUCUUCGGAUCAUUGGCUCCGAAUAGGUUCUUACUUGCACUUUCUUGGCCAACAAGACAUUUUUGUCUUUCUGGAUUCCUCGACUCUCUUCUCUUAAAACUGUAAUCCCUAAUAGCAAUUAGAAUCGUGGAAGUUCCUAACUCGUCUGGUAGGAUUAACAGAGCACUCUCCCGAUCCGGUGAAUCCGGAUGGUUCCCGAUCUCCAGCUUUGUUCCUCAACACCGAAAAAGAAAAAAGAAAACAAAAAGAUUAGAAAGUAUGAAAGAAGGAAAUUAACAAAAAGUUAAGGUAACCUAACAAAGAAACUUUCUUAACUGGCCAACCAUGGCUCCACCUGGAGAUGGAAAGCCAAACCGUGGCUUUCUCUACAUGUUUCCAUGCCUUUGUAUUCAUCUCUCCCUCUGGCCAGAAAUCAAAGUUGAACAAAAAGCAGAGUUGGAAUGAUCAAUUAUUGAGAGAUCUUGCAAUGGAAAGUUGUUUCCCGAAAAUCCCAUAAAGGCGAAGUCCCACUCGUAAGACAUGCUUUGCUUCUUUGAUGAACUCAUCGUGUCCUCUCACACCAAGUUUGGCAUCCCCAGCACAUCUCCUUCUCAGCUAAGAAACUCCUCCAUCCCUCUACUUAUAAUCGAGGCCGCACCACCAUCUAGUUUUGUUCACCGACAUCUACACUUGAAGAAGACUCGCCUAUUCUGUCCCGAGAGAGGAAGUACGAGCGUGAGAAACCGAGAGUAAGAAAGAUGAGCGCUGACUGGGGACCAGUGGUUGUGGCAGUGGUCCUAUUCAUACUGCUAUCGCCGGGCCUCCUGUUCCAGUUGCCAGCGAGGACGAGGGUGGUGGAGUUUGGGAACAUGGCCACCAGCGGGAUUGCGAUACUAGUCCAUGCCAUCUUGUACUUCUGCAUCCUCACCAUCUUGAUCAUCGCGAUUGGCAUUCACAUCCACGUUAAUUGAUUGUUGAUCCGGACUAACACGUCGAGGAAUUUGUCUUCUGAAGCUUUUGUUUCCGGUUCUUCCUUACUCUGCUUCUUCUGCUUAAAACAUGAGUUAUCGUUGAGAUGGUUUCUUUUUCCUACCAUCUUAUUGUUCAUUGAAAUGGGCUGGAGUUUGUUAUUGAGAGCAUAGACUCAAACACAAUAAUACAUAACUAUUCUUCAGGAA